UCUUGCCAGCUGAAGGGUUCGAAGGCUGCCCUGGCUCAGGGUUUUGAUACAAACACUGUUGCUGCUUUCCAUAUUUCUCAUAAAGAAUAUCAGCUUGGCUAAGCACCAUUCUCCUGUGCUGGUGGGAGCUGUUCUAGGAGAUGUACUUGUAGCUGAGCACCUAAAUAAACUCAGAAAACAGGGAAAGGCAUUGCAUGGAUGAGUGGAAGCAGCAGCUGGUGGUGCCUUUGGAAGAGCUCUCCAAGCUGAGAGCCAGAGGGAGGCACAGAGGUCUGUGUGCACAGCUUCAGAAUCCUUCUGAAGGUCUCCCUUGGCUCCUGGGCUGGCAGGUGAGGUGAGUUUAUUAUAUUUCUUAUAUUCAUGUGAGGUGAGUUUAUAAGAUUUAACCAACUUUUAAAGGAGGGAUGUGCGAAGAGACCACACCUACUGAUAGGACCUGGCUCGUGCUUGAACUGUGAUCUUCCUAAAACAGCAUUUGGGUUCAAAAAUGAAUAAAUUCAAGUGAGAGCAACAGCAGUGGGUGAUUGGAGGCACCUAAAAUGGGAAGAGGAGCUGCUCUGGGCAUGUGUGCCCCGGGCUCUCAGAUCUGCCCGCAUUGAGCGGAGCUGCUGUUGCGAGAGUGCUUGUCCUGACAGAUUUGAAAGAGGGGCUGCGUGUUUCGGGCGCUGCUGUGCCAAAUUCGUGUCCCUUUGUCUCCCUAAGCCUUUGGGCUGGGGCACUGAAUAGCUGCAGAGGUGGUUUUUCAUAAUGCCCUGGCGGGGGGGUGGGUGUGGGUCAGCCAGCCAGCCGAGGCCUCCCCGCCCCCGGAGCGUGGCUGCAGGGAAAACGCCUCUGCUCCAGCCUCGGGUGCUGGGGGGAGAGUUUGGAGUUGGAUUUGUGGCACCUGCAGAGACAAUCAGGAGUUUGGGCAGCAUUCUUUACUGUGGGAUGUGUGGGAUCACUCGCCACACAUCCUUUCCCUCUGUGUCAGGUGCUGUUGGAGCACUGUGGAUCAAGCUGAGGGUGUCCUGGGGAAAGCUGCACAGAUGUUUCCACUGAGAGCUUUCAGUCUGUCAGUGCAGGGCUGUGCUUUGCAAGCCUGUGGCGUGUGCCCUGAGCUCGUGUUUGUUAUUCCUUAACUGCAUCCUUCGCUGCACAGAACAUUCCCUGAGAAAUACUGUGUCCCCUCCUUAGGAAUGGGGGUGGUCCCUUCGAUCCAACGAGGAUUCCUUCUGCUUUAACAAGCUGGGAAGGGAGGGAGCAGCCAAACUACCCCCCGUGCUCCCGGGCUUGGCAGGGGGCUGCGUGUUUUGAGUGCGUUUGGCAGAGUUUUGGUGUUCUGACUCAGCAAAUGGUAACAAAGGGAGGAUGGCGAAGCCUUCCUUUAUUCCAUAAUCCUGUUUGCUUUUCUGGAAAUCGGCUAUAGCCUCAGAAUCACUGACUCAAUUUUUGGAUCCUAUUCUCAUGACAAAGCGGCUGUCUGGUUUAAAACAAGCCCGUUAUAAAAAGGGCACCUCGGCUCCUGGCUGUUUGUAACAGCUCCUGACGUUCCUCCGGCACAGGGGAGCUUGGCUGGAACGGAAAAUGUCCAGAGCUGGAACCAAGGUCACCUUCUAUGAAGACAAGAACUUCCUCGGCCGCUACUACGAGUGUGACAGCGACUGCCCCGACUUCCACACCUACCUGAGCCGCUGCAACUCGAUCCGUGUGGAUGGAGGCACCUGGGUGGCCUACGAGAGGCCCAACUACGCGGGGAACAUGUACGUGCUGACACACGGCGAGUACCCCGACUACCACCACUGGAUGGGCCUCAACGACCGCCUGGGCUCCUGCAAGUACAUCCAGAUCCCGAGUGGAGGCCGGGGCCACAUCCAGGUGUUCGAGAAGGGCGAUUUCGGUGGGCAGAUGUUCGAAGCCACCGAAGACUGCCCCUCUGUCAUGGAGGAGUGGCACAUGCGUGAGGUGCACGCCUGCAGGGUGCUGGAGGGCGUCUGGGUUUUCUACGAGCACCCCAACUACCGGGGCCGGCAGUACCUGCUGCCCAAGGGGGAGUACCGCAAGCCCGUGGAGUGGGGAGCGGCCAGUCCCGCCGUCCAGUCCUUCCGCAGCAUCACCGAGUGAGCCGAGCCCGUGGGCUGGGCUGCCACAACCCCCCAAUAAAC